CCGCCCACAGCCCUGCGCUGCGAAGGCGCCGGUUCCCUUUGCUCUGGCGGCCCUUUUGGUUCCGGCUGCGGCUCCCGGGCGGAACGUUUAAGCAGACGGACUCGGGGGGUUCGGCGAUGGGCUCCGGUCCUAGGUUGCUUCAGUGAGUCAUCUUUUAGGCACAUUCAGUUCUCUUCCCCGAUUGCUGACAACGUGUGCGCUAAAUUGCUUUUACACUACCACGGUUAAGGAAGUAUAUUUGGGAGUGGACACAAAUGCCUUGGUCAGGAGAAAGAGCCAUCUUCGGAGGUAUCUUCAGAGAAGGCAAGGCUGACAGUUGUGGUCACCCAUUUCACUGUUAAUAGCAGAUUUCAUGGACUGGGAAGUGUUUGUUCAUACCUGACCUAAGUCAACUUUCUGCUUCUCGUAAGCAUUUGCAUGUUUGCCCUCUGACUGGGAGCACUGGGAUCAUUUCCACCAUGCCGACAGUGGUGGUGGUGGACGUGUCCCUCUCCAUGACACGGCCUGUGUUGGCGGAGGGCUCGGAGGAGUACCAGCGUAAGCACCUAGCAGCCCAUGGACUGACGAUGCUGUUUGAGCACAUGGCCACGAACUACAAGCUUGAGUUCACAGCACUUGUGGUUUUUUCAUCACUCUGGGAGUUGAUGGUCCCCUUCACAAGAGACUAUAACACCCUACAGGAAGCUCUGAGUAAUAUGGACGAUUAUGACAAGACCUGCUUGGAGUCUGCACUUGUUGGUGUUUGCAAUAUUGUUCAGCAGGAAUGGGGUGGUGCAAUUCCUUGUCAGGUUGUUCUAGUGACUGAUGGCUGUCUUGGCAUUGGUAGAGGGUCACUGAGACAUUCCCUAGCUACUCACAAUCAAAGAAGUGAGAGCAACAGGUUUCCACUUCCUUUUCCUUUCCCAUCCAAGCUAUACAUCAUGUGCAUGGCAAACUUGGAAGAGCUUCAGAGCACCGAUUCCUUAGAAUGCCUGGAACGACUCAUAGACUUAAAUAAUGGGGAAGGGCAAAUUUUCACUAUUGAUGGCCCCCUGUGCUUAAAAAACGUGCAGUCUAUGUUUGGAAAGCUGAUAGAUCUGGCAUAUACACCGUUCCAUGCUGUUCUCAAGUGUGGCCACCUAACUGCGGAUGUACAAGUCUUCCCUAGGCCAGAACCUUUUGUUAUUGAUGAAGAAAUUGAUCCUAUCCCUAAAGUCAUUAACACAGAUUUGGAAAUAGUGGGGUUUAUUGAUAUAGCUGAUAUCUCAAGCCCCCCAGUUUUGUCCAGGCAUUUGGUCUUACCUAUUGCACUUAACAAAGAGGGUGAUGAGGUGGGUACUGGCAUCACCGAUGACAAUGAAGAUGAAAACUCAGCCAAUCAGAUUGCAGGCAAAAUACCCAACUUUUGUGUCCUGCUCCAUGGCAGCCUGAAAGUAGAAGGAAUGGUGGCGAUUGUUCAAUUAGGUCCAGAAUGGCAUGGAAUGCUCUACUCUCAAGCUGACAGCAAGAAGAAAUCAAACCUCAUGAUGUCUCUCUUUGAGCCUGGCCCAGAACCUCUCCCAUGGCUUGGGAAAAUGGCACAGUUGGGUCCCAUUUCAGAUGCUAAAGAAAACCCGUAUGGUGAGGACGACAAUAAGAGCCCGUUCCCCCUGCAGCCCAAAAACAAACGCAGCUAUGCCCAGAAUGUGACUGUCUGGAUCAAACCCAGUGGACUGCAGACAGAUGUACAGAAAAUUUUAAGAAAUGCCAGGAAACUCCCCGAAAAAACACAGACAUUUUACAAGGAGCUGAACCGUUUACGAAAGGCUGCUCUGGCCUUUGGUUUCCUGGACCUGCUCAAAGGGGUAGCUGACAUGCUGGAGAGGGAAUGCACCCUGCUGCCCGACACAGCCCAUCCGGAUGCCGCAUUCCAGCUAACCCAUGCUGCCCAGCAGCUGAAACUGGCCAGUACUGGCACCUCUGAGUACGCCGCUUAUGACCACAACAUCACACCCUUGCAUACUGACUUCUCUGGGAGCAGCGCUGAACGAAUGUAAAGCUGACUUUUGGAGCCUUUUUUCAUCUCAUCCAAAAAUGAUUCAUAGCAAACACUUUUUGUGUUCUCACCUGCAACAGCCCCCCCCCCCCAAGGCCUUCCUGAGGCUGCCACAGAAAAAUGCGCACCAUUGUCAGUUUGAGGGCUGCUUCCACGCUGAGGAAGGGCUAUGGUUGGCUGGUUGAGCUUCAUCAUUGGCUGCAUAGGGAACAACCUAAUACCACUGAGUUUCAGAACCUGGCAAAUGUAGUGCUAACCCCUAGGUGCCUUCCCUAGAUCUUGGGAUGCGAACUUUUAAACAGGCAACCCCAUAUGUUUAAAAUUAUUCCUGUUUCAUGGGGUUUUUUAAAUUUCUUUAUUAUUUUUUUGUUUCAUGUUUUUUAAUGAAAGUAUUUGAUUUUUCUAUAAAAUGAUUUCACUUAUAAACAAAUGGUGUUUUGGUCUGUCCUAUCACUAGAUUGUAUCUCAGCUUCCUGUGUGCCAGAUUCAAAAUCCUGGGUUCCAUACUGACUUGCUGGUCUCCAAUACUGAUCAAACUUUAUUGCCUAAACCAGGUUCUGUCUGGCAAGUAGGUUCUGGCUACAUCACUGACUUCAGAGUCAAGGUUCAAACAUCAGCUAAAAGAAAGUCAUCUGCUAGUUUCAUGGCUGGGGAAGUAAGAAACUUCUGGAAGCUUUACUUGUAUCAGCAGUGUUCUCCUAGCUCCUCUGUAAGUGGCUUCAGAACUCCCUCAGUCUUCAACCAGAACCGCUUUUAGCAUAGCGUACCAAACUACUACUGCUACCCCUCCCCAUAUAUGUGUUUUUGUUGUUUUUCAAAGUAGGGUUUCACUCUAGCCCAGGCUGACCUGGAAUUCACUAGUAGUCUCAGGGUGGCCUCGCACUCAUGGCCAUCCUUGUACCCAUGCCCCCAAGUACUGGGAUUAAAGGCAUGCAUCACCACGCCUGGCUCUACUCAAUAUUUUGCCUGAACAAAGGACUUUCUACAUUUGAAAACCAUUAAAUAACAUUUAAGCAAAAGUUA